AUGCGCGGCUCUACGAUAGCAUCCGCGCUCGCGGGUCUUUCGAUCUUUCCGUCAGAUAUCCUGGCUUCACCGACCAGCAAGCGCGGGAAUUACGACGAAAUACCUGGCAUGGGUGGACUACUUGGCUUCAAAGGCUCAGACGGUCGCUACAAAGCUAUUCCUCUCCCACCAGGGGAUGGGAAAACGCUAGGAUGGAUACCCGAUGUCAUACUUUACCCGCUCUCGGACGACGAACAGAGCGGCUGGCAGAAAAGCACAAUUGAGAGCAUAGUAGCACCGACAACCUUCCCAACUAGUAUUCCUGCCUUCACUUCAUCCACUGCCGAGGUCACGUUGACACCAUCAGCUCCCACCGAGAUUGAUCAUACCGGCUCGCGAACUGCCUCAACGGCCACUUCCUAUUAUACCCCGCCUCUUACUUCAGGAAAUUUCCCCGAAGUUUCUCGCUCUGAGACUAUUGUCUCUGUUACUUCUACUGGAACCGCAGAAUCCAGUAUUGACUCUGGGACAAGCUCCUCUAUUUUACCAACGAGCCCGACGGCGGACAUUGGAACUGCGACCACUUCUUCUCUCAGGAUCUCUUCUCCUACACCAACAUUUGGCCCAACGUCUUCAUUUCCCUCUAGCACCACUUCUGGGCCAACCACCUCAGGUACAUUGACGCCUCCUUCUACUACUUCGAUCCCCUCCAAGACGCGGUCUAUUCCCAGCACCAGAAUCACCUCGGUGUUGAGCUCUUCUUCGAGCCAGAUCACACCACCUCCGGAGCCCACCACGUCCAGCACUCCGACAACCUUUGUCACUUCUACAACCACAAACUCGUCUACAACCUCUGUCGGGCCCCAGCCUACGUUCAAGACCCCAGAGGAACAACGCGAACUUGAGCGCGAGGCCCAAAGAAAGGCGGAGGAAGAAAAGAAGAAAAAAGCUCUUGCCAUUGGGCUGUCUGUCGGUCUCGGUACCCCGGCAGCUGCAGGUGCGAUCGCAGGUCUGCGCAAACUUUUCCAGAACCCUGAUUUCAGAGGGAUUCUGAACCAGUUGAGAGAGCAGGGUGGCAGGAUAUGGGAUAACAUCAGAAACGCCUUUGGGGGAGACCCUCCCAAUGUCGGGGGCCCGGGAGAACCACCGCCGGCUCAAAUACCCGACGUUCCCGACGUUGAAGCCCCUGAUGUUGAAGCCCCUGAUGUCGAGGCUCCUGAUAUCGAUGUACCUGAUAUCGAUGUACCUGAUAUCGAUGUACCUGAUAUUGACCCGGCGAGACCCUUGGAUCCCAUCAUUGAAGAACCGGAGUCGUCCCCUGUAGGUGAGGGACCUCCUUCGCCACCGUCACGCCCCCCUCCUUCACCACCAUCGGGCGGUGAUCCUCACCCACCAGGUGCUGGUGAGGGACCUGAGACACCUGAUAUUGACACGCCUGAUAUUGACACACCUGGGGUUGACGUGCCUGAGGUUGACGUGCCUGAGGUUGAUACGCCUAAAAUCGAGGUGCCUGAUAUUGACACUCCUGAAAUUGAGGUGCCUGAUAUUGGCGUGCCCUCCCCUGGGUCGCCUCCUCCUGAGCCACCUCUACCACCCUCGCCAUUCUCAGGACACGCCCCACCCUCACCGCCAUCAGAGAACCCCCCUCCACCACCAUCAGGAAACGGACCACCUUCACCACCCUCAGGAAAUGGUCCACCCUCACCACCCUCAGAGAAACCCCCUUCGCCACCAUCAGGAAACGGACCACCACCACCACCCUCAGAGGAACCCCCUCCACCACCAUCAGGAAACGAGCCACCCUCACCACCCUCACAGAAACCCCCUUCGCCACCAUCCGGACAAGGACCACCUUCACCACCCUCGGAUAAUCCCCCUUCACCACCAUCGGGGAAUGGUCCACCCGUACCGCCUCCUGGAAAUCCUCCACCAUCACCACCGGUCAGUGGGCCACCAGAACCACCGGAGGAUAGCCAGAAUGACGAAGAUCAAAAUGAGGACGACGAAGACGGCGAAGAGGGGGAUGAGGGUGAUCAGGGUGAUCAGGGCAAACAGAAAUGUGUGAAAUGGGCUGAUCUUGAAAUUGGAAAGAAUUACUUGGACUCGAAGCCCUCGAACAGCAUAUACACACCACGACCAGGCAAAAAACCAGCCAGGCCAGACAAGGGCAAACAGCCAGCCAAGCCAGACAAGGGCAAACAACCUGCCAGGCCAGACAAGGGCAAACAACCUGCCAGGCCAGACAAGGGUAAGCAACCUGCCAGGCCAGACAAGGGUAAACAACCAGAAAAGCCAGACAAGGGCAAACAGCCAGCCAACGAACCACCCCACCUUGAGUGUCUGCAAGACGUGGCGAAUGUUGCGCUUGACGAGAUGAAAGGCAAAGCCGUCGAAAAAUACGACGAGGACACUGAAUAUGUCGUCGAUGAAUUGAAGCGGGGAGGAGAGAAGUCCAGACUCUACAAAGAUUUCCAAACCAGACUAGAGACGCCGGGGGAAGCCGCCAACCGCGAGUUUACCUGGAAAAUGAAAGACCCAAAGCUUCGUGCCGAGUUAAGAAAGCAGGUCCAUGACGAGUGGGAGGAAAUUCAAGCGAUGCUAUGGAGCGGCGAGUGGAUGCAGGAGCAUAAAGGGACGAAAUUGGCUGAGGACCUUAUGGACAGGCUGUUGCAGUUGGAUGCCCUCCGGGAAAUAUUUUGGGAGAUGGACAGGUUGUCGUCGUUUGACGUGUACCACUGGCAACCUCCAACGGCCGUCUGA